AUGGUGGUGGAGACGUUCCACUGGUUCAAAGACCUUCUGAAGAAGAACGACCAACGACGCAGCCUCUCAACUGGCGAUCUGGCCGUCAGUCGACCAUCUUGCUCCAAUCCCGACCUCAUGGAGAUUUCUUUCGACCAGCACCCCACCACUGUUCGUUUCGUAUCUUUUCGAAAGUCGCUCUCUAGCCUCUCCUUUCUUCACACAAUCCCUAGUUUUCCUGCUUUGAUAACGACCUUCAUGUCUCCUUUUUCUGAAGAACCAUCCCUUUUUCUUAUUAUGUAAUUGACUUUUCAACUCUUCAGAGCUCACUGCCGGAUCACUUCGACGACUGCGAUCGAGUGCCGAUGAACUUCAGUGAGGGAAAGCCCAAGUUGAUGUCUCAGUCUCACACGAUGGCUCGCAAAAUGAUGCAAUCAGGCGAGCGCUCGAGCUCUGUCGGCAGUGGUUGGUUGCAGAAACAGAACCCCUUCCACAUUUAUCCGUUUACAGCCACGAUAACUGAGCUUCACCUUUCGCAAAAAUGGUUCUUCCCAGGCGCCGACAUUCGCAAGGCUGAGAGGAUUCUCAUGACCAACGGCAUGAUUCAGGGGUGAGUUUCGGCUAAUUAGACGCUACCCAAACUUUUCUAACUUGUAAGAUAUUUUCCUAAUUUGAUAUAUUCAGAUCUUUCGUUGUUCUUCAUUUCAACGGUCAGUUCGUGCUGUCGGUGUGGCACAAGCAGAGUGCGCAACAUCUCAAGAUCAACCAGUUCUGGAAAAACGGCGAACCAACAUUCCGACUCGACAUCGACAAGUCCUUCAAGUAAGUUGAAUCGUAGUCCGAGCUUUUGGCGUAAUCUGCGAACAAAUACCAAUUUUCUUGUUUUCAGAAACGUGUGCGAGCUGGUUGAUUACUACCGUCGUCACAAGGGCUUCGUCCUACCGACGAAACUUUCGGUCGGCGUCGGCCGCGGUCCUCAUGCUCUUCGAAGCCGCGCCUGA